GUGGUAUCAAGAUGAUGGCCUGGUAGCACUGUGUGAUCGCAUGGCGCCUCUGGACGUACUGCUAAGCCGCGAGGUCUUGGCCGCCAUCACGGCGUACCAAGACGGCGUCCCGUUGCCGCUGCUAUCGAUGGCCGCGCACCUCCGCCGCGUCCAGCGCUACCGGGCCCACUCGUAUCCGAUUCGAACCGCUCUGCCCGCGCCGGCGCACCACGCACUGCCCAUCGCCGACGUCGCGCGCCUUCUUUGCUUUCGCCCACUGCUGUGGUCAUCGUCGGUCGUGGACCAUGCCGCAGCGAUCAACGACGUCGCGCUUGUCACGUUUUUGCUCGACCAUGGGAUGUUGCAACUGCUGCACGAUCGCGGCGCGCCAUGCACCAAGCAUGCAAUGGACUAUGCGGCGACCAACGGCCACCUUGGCGUCGUUCGCUUCCUCCACGAGCAGCGCGACGAAGGCUGCUCCACGUUUGCGAUGACGGGGGCCAUCAUGCACGGCCACUUGGCGGGCUACAACCCGCGGGCGUUCGACUUGGCGGCGGCCCGCGACGACAUGGCGACCGUGCGCUUCCUGCACAGGCACCGCCGUGAAGGCUGCACCCGCGACGCACUCACCAGUGCAAGCCGGGCAGGGCACAGGAGCGUGAACGAAGCGUUCGCCGCCGCCAUCGCGGGCGGCCACUUGACGCUCGUGCACUUCUUUUGGCAGUCGUACGCAGGGCAGCUGCGCAGCCACGUGGCAGCCGGACACGCUUUGGCGACGGCUCUAGGGCACUCGGAGGUCGCUAGCUUCUUGGCCGCCGUGGCGCCGCGGCGGUUCGCCGUGCAAGAUCUAUGGGACCGUUGUAUCCGUCUGUGGACAGCGCGCUUUCUAGACGAAGUGUUGGGCUUGGACAUUGUCGCCGUCCUAUCGGAUUGA